UGUGUACGAUAAUUAACUUUCCUCCUCGACCGUCUUUUACGCCACUCCGGCUGCGCAUCUUCUCGUGCGAGCGAGCCUGAGUCCUUAUCUCCAUCAGUCGUCUCACUUUGCAUCACAAGCAAGCUUCACGGUCGGGGGCCACCACGCUGACGGGCCUUGUACCCGGACAACUUUUGAGCACGCUCUGGGGCCUCCCAUACGCUUCUUGGGGCGCUUCAUAACGCCCUAGUCUCCGCCCGCGGCAGCUCGGCAGCACUCAGAUAGCGCAUAGCGGAGCACGCUGUUGUAGCGCCUAGACAGCCAGAGGCACCAUGGAGGGCGAGGCCACUGACUUCUUUGCGGCGACGUUCAGUAUUGAGGAGGAGGACCAUACCCUGGCCAACUCGCUACGCUUCUUCCUCAACAAGAAUCCACACGUGGCGUUCUGCGGCUACAGCAUGCCGCACCCCUCCGAGGAGUUGGUCAACCUGCGCGUGCAGACCACAGGUAAGGUGACGGCCAUGCAGGCGGUGAAGGCGGCGUGCGAGGACGUGUCGCAGGUGUGCGGCCACAUGCGGUCCACGCUGCAGGACGCAGUCCACAAAUUCCAGGCAGAGGAGGCGGCACGCAAGCGGUAGAAGGUGCCAGCGGCAAGAGGCAGGUGUAGCAGGACGAGGCGGGCAGGCGUGUAAGCGGACGGUGCAAGGCUUUACAUGAGUACGGAGAAUCAUCGAGUGCGUAGAAAUGCAGAACAAUGCGGGGAAAGCAGUUGUGUGCAGUUGACUGGACUUCAUGGAGGCGACGGUCAGCGUCGUAAGGCCUAUCGAACAAGAAAAGGUGGCUCUCUAAUGGUGCAUGCUCAUGAGGCGCCCUUGGGACCGCUUGCUCCUACUUCCUCUCCAGACUACGUGCGCAUUCUCUUCAUAAAGCAUCCUCGGUUGCUUGGACCUCAAUCCAUCCAGCGAGUGCACGAAGAAGAAGAAGAUGGCACCCCACGGGCGCACCCCGGGAACAUAAUCCGAUGGGUUAGGGAGGCAGAUGGACAGAUGUUACCGCACCAUUGCUGUUGUUGUCUGGAUAAGAUUGCUGUUGAAAGGCGGGAGAAGGCCACGUGGAGGAGGAAAGCGCAGCGCCGCCCAAGAAGCGGCGCAAGCUCACAGGCUGAGGAGCCGGCUGGUGUCUAGGUAGCGGCAAGGGUAGCGGUCCGCGGUGGGGCUGGCAGGGCAUGCGUAGCGGCAUGACAAGUACGGUAGUGCGGCUGUUGACAACUAUGCUGCGUCUGGCUGCGGUUGGCUCUGCUGUGGCAUCGCGAUUGCUAUGCACCUGAUUCGGCGAUGUGCCUGUGGAAACCGACCCCGGCUAUGUCCAGGCGAUGAGGUUGUUCGGCCUCAGACUGUGGAGGGGCUCAGCCCCUUUUCCGUGACCGGGG